UCGCCUUUUCCCUCUGCCACUCAGAUUCAUCAACUCCCUAUGAAAAGCCCAUCUCACACUCUUCCUCCUCCCCCCUUCUCAAUUGCUCAACCCAAACCCAAACCCAACCCUUGCAUCUACAAAACAAACAAACUCUUCCCCCUCCCACUUCACUCUUUCUUAAACCGACAUCAAUAUUCCUCAACAGCCACUCUCUUUAACAGUUGGACCUGAAAUUCUCUUCUGGGUUUUCUCUAGAACAGUUCUUUGGUCUUUCUUCUUUCACUUCAAGCUAGCUUCUUGCUUGUUUUGUUUCCAUGGACAUCAUGAGCUUCAAUGGUCAUUUUGAUCACGGCAGUGACACCCAUUUGCCACCAGGAUUUCGCUUCCACCCAACUGAUGAGGAACUCAUCACCUACUAUCUCCUCAAGAAGGUCCUUGACAGCAGCUUCACUGGCCGAGCCAUUGCUGAAGUCGACCUCAACAAGUGUGAGCCAUGGGAGCUCCCAGAUAAGGCAAAGAUGGGGGAGAAAGAGUGGUACUUUUUCAGCCUCCGCGACCGGAAAUACCCAACUGGGCUCAGAACCAACAGAGCUACCGAAGCUGGGUACUGGAAAGCUACUGGGAAAGACAGAGAGAUUUACAGCUCUAAGACUUGUGCUCUUGUUGGGAUGAAGAAGACCCUGGUUUUCUACCGUGGCAGAGCUCCAAAGGGUGAGAAAAGCAACUGGGUCAUGCAUGAGUACCGCCUUGAAGGCAAAUUCGCCUACCACUAUCUCUCCAGGAGCUCCAAGGACGAGUGGGUCAUUUCCCGGGUUUUUCAGAAGAGCAGCGGGUCGACGACAAACGGACCCGGCUCCAAGAAGACCCGAAUGAGCAACGGCUCCACCAGCAGUAUCAGUCUCUAUCCAGAACCCAGCUCGCCCUCCUCCGUCUCCCUCCCGCCGCUCCUCGACUCUUCCCCAUAUCAAAAUAUGAACACCGCCGGCCUAACCGACCGUGACAGCUGCUCUUACGACAGUCCAAUCCCGAAGGAGCACGUGUCCUGUUUCUCCACCAACCCCAACAGUGGCUUCAACCUCUCCUCCUCGUGCUACGACUUGGCUCACGCCCAGCCUCCGCCGCCGCCAAGCUUCGGCGGCGUCUCGGCUUUCCCGAGCCUCAGGUCUCUGCAGGAGAAUCUCCAGCUGCCCUUUUUCUUCUCCCCAAUGUCGGGUCAUCAGCCUGUCCACGUCGGCAGUUCCGGCGGUGGCGGCGGCUCCACGAUCGACUUGGGUGGCUUAAGCUCCGCCGGCAACUGGCCGCCUCCACCUCCUCACCAGGAGGAGCCCAGGACCGUGGGCCCCACGGAGCUGGAUUGCAUGUGGACGUACUACAAGACUGAAUGCCUUUGAAUUUGAGGGUCGUUUAGACUUCGUGGAAAAUGACCGGUGAAAGCAAUCAGUAAUAGGGGGCAGUUUGGGUAUUUCAGUGCACGUUUUCAAGUAGUUUCUAUUUGUUUUAUUUACUGUGUAUGAUUAUGCUGACGACUCUAUGACUCUGUGGUGUACCGUGAUGAUGUUUUUUUAACUUAAUUGGAAGGUAAAAUUAGUAAGUUGCUUAUUUA